UCUGUGAUUGAAUUGAAAUUGAAAUAAAUAUUAAUCUUGAGAUUUUAAGUUUGCAUUGUUAUGUUUAACAUACAUUAAAACAACACCUCACAUUAAUCUGCGAGAUAAAAAUAUUACCGAUUGUCUGCGGAAGGAAAGAAUAACAAUUCAUCUGCAACAUAAAGGGUAAUGUAUAAAAAUGUCGGCGAAUGCGGAGAAUGACGAUGAUUCAUUUAUAAUCAUCCUGGGUUCUUCCCCUGGGCCCAGUAUGGCCGUGGAGAAGUGCAAUGGUUUGUUAAAUGGAGAACUGGAUAAAUCACAGAUUGAGGAUGCAAUGAAAGACCUGCCAAUUGAAGCCAAUAUGGCUUUUAAAGCACAAUUUCAACUUGGUGACAGUCCAUCUCCAGCCAGCAUGAUGGUCGCCAGUACACUAAUAACCGACGACCGAAGCACAGAAGAACUCCAGAAGCGAUUCGGCGAACUGCUAGAUGAGAAUGUAGUCCUCAAAGAGACGCUGAAACAAAAUAAUGACUCUAUGAAGGAACAGUUUAUGUUGAUAGCGUCUUGUCAGGAGGAUAUGUUGAAGACACACAGGUUACAUAAGGAGAAGUUUGAUGAAACAAGAGAACUAGUUGAGAGGUUACGGCAAGAAAAUAAACAGCUUAAACUGGAUAUAUCCCACAUAUCAGACAGUGAAGUCCCAAUAAACAGUGAAACGGGGGAGAGCAAGUCUGGAGCCUCGUCUGGUGUUGAGUUCGUCACUUCCCCGGACGACGACACCAUAGACAAACUAACAGCGCAGCUAGAAUUAGUGGAGAAACAAAGGAGACAGGUUAUAGUGGAAAACGAGAAAUUGUCGUGGCAGAAGGAGUCAUUGGAACACAUAGUAGAUGCCACUUCCAAAGAAAGAGAUGAUGCUAAGGAGAAAUUGAACAUUGCUGAGAUGCAACUAUCCACGAAAGAGAAUGUCCACGCCCUUGAAUUACAGAAGCUUAACUUUAUGGUAAACGAUCUGCACGCUAAACUGAAAACUGCGAGCACCAAUUUUCCUUCUGACGAAAUAAGCAAACGGGAUGCUUAUAUACAGCAGUUGGAAACGAAGCUUUCCGCACAUCAGAAUGAGUUGAAGAAGGCGCAAAUUAAAAUACUAGAUUUGGAAAACAUAAAGUUGGAGUUCACGCAACACAAGUCCGGCGUAGCGGAAUCUACUAAAAUGUACAAAGAACAGAUACAAGAACUAAACAACCGGAUAAAGGAAGUACAAACGAUUGUAUUCCAUCCAGUGCACUUCUCGCUGAGCUCGGAAUGCGAAUCAGCGUCCGAGUACGCGAGCUACGCGUCCAACGUGAAGGUUUACGACAGAACGCUCAAGCAUCUCUCCGAAUAUCUCACGGGCUUGAGCAAUGAUUUAUCUGACAGUCUAAUGCACACACUGGGCGUGAUAGCCAGCUUGUACGACUUCAAGUUGGAGCGCUGUUCCGCGGACCGGGUGAAGUCGGGGCUGGCUGAAGUGAAGCAGAUGAUCGAGCGACAACACAGCGCGGCCUUGACUAACAUAAGCCAAGUCCGUGGAACGCUGACUAUUUUCGAGGGCAUUUUCAAAGAUUACACCGAGCUGCUGAAGAAGUCAUUGACAAAACAAGAGCCUAAACCUCAAUCGCAAAGCGUCGAGCAACUAUCAGCUGCGUUAGUCGCGCGCGGUCAAGAAAUACAAGCAUUGGAAGACAGGCUCGCGGCCUUGAAGAACUAUAAAGAUGACUGCGAACUGUUGAAAGCUCAAGUCGACUUGUACAAGAGCGACUUCGAAGCCGAGCGCGAGUCUCGCGAGCAGAUGGCGAGCGAGAAAGAGAACAUCGCCACGGACCUGCGAACUGCGCAGCGCAAGAUACAGGAGCUUACUGCGCAGUUGGAUGAGAUCCGCAUCCUAAGCCCGAGUCUUCACAGUAGCGUUACCACCAAAGGUCGGCCUUCCAGUUCCGCGACUGCCUUGCCAAAACCGCGUGAAACACCCGCUGCUACCACCGCCACUGGGAAUAUGGUAUACAAAUGUCCGAAGUGCAUGAAGUUCUCCAGUGACCAGUACAAAGUGAUGGAGGACCAUUUUGACUUCUGCUUGGACGACUUUUGAUCAACUCAGUUCGUCGUACAGCGCCAUCUAGUGACGCUGGAUUAGUCUGAAGUAUGAACACCAUGAUCAUUUAUACUACGUAGUUACCAUUAAAGUAAGCGAGCACGGUGACGUCGGCUUGGAAACUGGCUAUUUUUAUUACCAGCAACGCUCACUUAGUAGCAGUUUUGUUCGUAAAAAAAUACCCUAGUAAUUAGGUGAUUCCUAGAGAAAAAAAAAGUUUCAGGAACUCUUAUGUAAUGUCUUACGACGUUAAGCGCCCUCUAAAGUUACGACACUGAUUCGGUGGAUCGAACAAUUUAGGGGACUCGUAAACAAAUAUUUGACAGACGAAACAAGUAUAAAUUAGUAUUUUUUAUGUAAAGGUUAUUAAAUCCAAAUCCUAACGAAAAAUGAUAAAUAUGGUAUAGUGAAUGAUGCAUAGGAAUGUUAUUUGAUUAGGUGUUGCUUAAUUAGGGAUUGCCUUUGGCAUAAACCGGUUAAUAUUUACAUACAUUAUCACGGAAUGGAAUUCUUUAUCCGGUUAUUGAGUGGUUUCUUGUGUGAUUGUUGACUAGGUUGAUUGACCUAUCAUUUUCGUUUUCGUUCUCUUAACAUUGAACAUUUAUGUAUGGGUUGCAUAUUGAACCCUGCUUUUUUGUAUUUCUUUUUACCUCUUUAUUGUUCACCAAAAAAAAAAAUCACAAGGCGGACGUAAUGCUAACGAAUUUUCUACCAGCCAUCUUUCAGGCGUGCGAGAAUAAACGGGUGUGGGUGUGGCAAAAACAUAACUAAUGAAAUUAUAAAGUAUUACAUGAUAUAUAUAGUUAUAUUUUACUAUACACAAUCACUGAAGAAUACGUUAACUAAACCGGGUAAUACCUUUAUGCUUAAGUAAAUGUAAAUAAAUAAAUGCGUUUUUGUAUGUUACGCCUUGUCACCGUGAACGCUAUAGAUUAUUAAUUAUUAAUUUAAUAAUAUACUGGAUUAUACUAGAUUUUUACCUCCGAGGCGCAUCGGGGAUUGCUGUGGUUUUAAGCUGAAAGCUCGAUUCCCGGAAGAGGAAUUCAUAUUUUCUGAAUUUUCCCUGCUCUCCCCACCAGCAUAGAAGUGCUGCUAAGAUACUAAGCGUUGCGGUACGAUGCCGGUUUAAAACCGAUUAGGGUUAAAUAUAUGCCAUACUCCAUAACGGGUUUGCCCGCUACCAUCGUAUACUGCAUCAUCACUUACCACCAGGUGAGAUCGCAGUCAAGGGCUAUAUUUAACCCUAAUCGGUUUAUCGGUACCGCACUAUUAUAUAUAUAUAUAUAUAUAUUAAUAGUGGGAUUUGAUACACGAUGCAAAAUGUAGUAAACUGUAAGUCAUGUGUAAUUAAAUUUUUAUGAUAUUUUA